ACCUCCCUUUAUCUUCUGCAAUUAUAGAGCAAGUUGCGCGAUUUUUAUUUUGUUUACGAUUCUGACGAACCUAACGGGAAGAGGAAAACAAGGAAAAAGUAUGGCAGCCUCAUCAGUUCCGAGAGAACUGCCAACAAAUUACAAACUCACGGAGAUCUAUCAUACAAAAUGGUACUGCCCAGAUUAUUAUGAUUGUUUAUCUUACGUCGGCAAUGGAGCUUAUAGCCAAGUCUGCUCGGCAACGUGUGAAGGAAUCGAAGGCAAAGUGGCCAUCAAAAAACUUACUCGUGCUUUCUUCGCAGUGGAUGAAUCGAAGAGAACUUACAGGGAACUUCGAUUAUUAAAACACAUGAAGCAUAAAAAUGUCGUCGACCUCGUAGAUGUUUUUACACCAGACUUAACGAAAAUAGACUUUACCGAUUUAUACUUCGUAUCGACGUAUUAUCCCAAAGAUUUGAAACACGUAAUAUUAAACGAAGGCCUUGAUACAGCUCGAGUUCGAUCUAUGGUGUACCAAAUAUUGUGUGGUGUCCAGUACAUUCAUUCGGCCGGAGUUAUACACAGGGAUUUGAAACCAAGAAAUAUCGGAGUUACAGAAAACGACUGUAUAAAAAUUUUGGAUUUCGGUCUGGCUCGAUCUAUUAGCAACGAGAUGACGGGUUAUGUACAAACACGCUGGUAUCGCGCUCCAGAGGUGAUUCUUAACUGGAUGAAAUACAACCAGACAGCCGAUGUAUGGUCUAUAGCCUGUAUCAUGGGCGAAAUGUUAACGGGAAAGCCUUUAAUUGCGGGUAAGUCUUUUACGGAUCAAAUUCUCAAGAUCUUCAAUCUAGUUGGAUCACCAGACAGUAAUACUCUGAAAAAAUUCACGUGCAGUGAUAUUGUUGAAUGUCUGAAAAGUUUCGAUAAGUGCGAAAGGCAGGACUUUAACAAGUAUUUUAAAAACGUUGACCCCCAAGCCAUAGAUCUGUUGGACAAAAUGUUACAGCUUGAUGUCGACGUUCGCCUGAAUGUGGAAAACGCUUUGAAACACGAAUUUCUCAAAGUAAAUUACGAUCCAAAAGAUCAAAUUCGUGCAGAAAUGUUCGAAAACGUCUUUGAAGACAUGGAUUUAAAUUUAAACGAAUGGAAAAGUUUAGUUUUACAAGAAGUUCAAAAUUUUAAGAGUUCGCGCAAAUGCGAUAGCGGAAAGUGAAACCAAAACAAAAUUGAAAGUGUUCUUUUGUUUUUAAUAAUGUAUUUAUUUUACUGGCUAUUAAUUUUAAAUUUCGACUGAAUUUCAUGGAAAAGAAACGAAAAGGAAAAAAAGUAUUAACAGAAUUCUAUUGGUAUUUUAUUACAGAAAUAUUAUAUAAGAAUGAGAAUCAUUGCAUAAGGUGGCGGGCUGCGCAAGUGGGAGGGAUGUUUUCUAUUGUGUUUAUUAUAGAGCAGUUGAUGCUACUUUCAUUUCCUUGAUGGGAGAUAACUCUUCAAUGAUCUCUGAUAUUGACAUCAUCUAAAUGUCUGCUGACGUGUGUACGCGUAUGUUUUUGUUGUCUGUCGUGUUGUACAUUUGAAUAUUUGAUGUGUGUAUGUAUAUAUAUAUACACACACAUACAUACAUACACAUGCGCACCUGUGUGUGUAUGUAUGCAUACAUACAUGCAUACUCAUACACACACCACACAUACACUCACCUGGCAUAAAUAAUGCAGAAUAUUUGAUUGCCUUCAAUAUGUGCGCAUUAAGAUUUUACGAUCCUUAACAUGUUGGUUACCUCAAAAAAAAAAUCUGAACCAUGUAACAGCUAUUUAAAGCUAGGUAUAAAAAGCCUAUAACAGAUCUAUCUUUUAUUGAAAAAUCUAAAGGAAUAUAACUGGAAUUAUAAUUAAAACACCAAAGGUGUCAACGAUAUAUAUAGCUAAGGCCUUUUAUAUUCCAACUUCGAAUCGAGCGCUGGGCAACUUCUGGUGUCAUUUAUUCUUAUAACUGUUAUGUAUCCUUAAUGCAAAAGGCACAGUUUUAGAUUCAGGACGUGAAGGCACACGGUAUUUCGUUAUGCGACUAUGAUAUACUACUAAGUAUAUUAAACAUCAAUAAUGUGUACUAUUGUGUUAACAGUGCACUUAAAUCACGUGCGAAGGUCAUCUGUACUGAUUUUCUAUACAAAUUAUAGCCAGCACUGUUUUGUAAUACGAAACACCAUGACAGAUGUUUUGUUUCUUACAUCAGUGGGUGACCUCGGGCAUGUCUGGUGUCACGAAACACCUACAGAGCUGUUUCGCUGCCUGGUGAGUCAUCGACACCUGCAUUCGGAGACGGACUGCAGCACAGCAAAACCUUUAGCACAAUAAUGCUUACCCUAGGUGUUCUUCUUCUUCUUCUUAUUAUUAUUAUUAUUAUUAUUGUUCAGUAGUUUUAUUUUUAUAACGUGCUUUCACUGCACUACCGAGCGCAGCUCUGUGCGCCUUGGUUAUGUGCUGUGGUUUGCUGUGGUGCUCUUAUGUUUACUGUAUUGAAAGUGUUUUGCGUAGAAUGUGUGCAGUACCCAGUAGAGCAAUUUUCUGUGUUAUAUAUAUUUGUAAGUCCUGGUAUUUUUGUUAUGUAUU